AUGGGCCAGGAACCUAAGCAAGUGGCUGAUAGCCACGUCUCCGGACAAUCGAACAAGCCACUGUCCAAACCACCUCACGCACUGAAAUGGAAGGAGGUGGCAGAAGAGCUCCAGGCCGAUAUCGACGAUGGUCUCAACGCGAGCGAGGCCAGCAAGAGGCUCGAGGAGUUCGGCCGCAACGAGCUGGGGGAUGGCAAGAAGGUCAACCCAGGGAAGAUCCUCGUCCGACAAAUCGCCAAUGCCAUGACUUUGGUCCUCAUCAUUGCUAUGAUAGUAUCGUUUGCGAUUCAGUCAUGGAUUGAGGGAGGCGUCGUGGCAGGUGUCAUCUUCAUCAACAUCACAGUCGGCUUCUUCCAGGAAUUCCAAGCUGAGAAGACUAUGGACUCACUCCGCUCUCUCAGCUCCCCUACAGCCCAGGCUGUCCGCAAUGGCCAAUCCAACAGCAUUGCCACUGUCGAAAUCGUCCCAGGUGAUCUUGUCGAGCUCAAGACCGGAGAUACAAUCCCAGCAGAUGUCAGACUCAUUGACGCUGUCAAUUUUGAAACCGACGAGGCCUUACUUACUGGCGAAUCUCUUCCAGUGCGAAAGGCACACAAUGAUGUUUUCGACACCGAGACUGGACCUGGCGACCGAUUGAAUGUAGCAUACAGCUCUUCUACCGUUACCAAGGGACGUGCAUCUGGCAUUGUUUUCGCGACCGGCAUGCACACUGAGAUCGGCACUAUCGCAGCUGCCCUACGAAAGAAGGACAGCAGAGUUCGACCCGUCAAGCGCAAUGAAGAUGGCAAAGCCAAGCCGUACCGCUACGUACAAGCUGCUCUUCUCACGAUGGGCGAUGCCGUUGGCCACUUUCUUGGAGUCAACGUCGGCACGCCUCUUCAGAAGAAGCUUUCCCGACUGGCUUGCCUUCUCUUCAUCAUUGCUGUUAUUUGUGCUGUCAUCGUCCUGGCAGCCAACGACUUCCGCAACCAGCGCGAGGUCAUCAUCUACGCUGUUGCGACUGGUCUAUCCAUGAUUCCAGCUUCCCUCGUUGUGGUCCUCACGAUUACCAUGGCUGCUGGCACAAACAGAAUGGUCGAGCGUCAUGUCAUUGUCCGAAACCUGCGAUCCCUCGAGGCACUUGGCGGUGUCACUGAUAUUUGUUCCGACAAGACGGGCACUUUGACUCAAGGCAAGAUGGUCGCAAAGAAGGCAUGGAUUCCUGCCGAGGGCACAUACACGAUUGAAGAGUCGGACGAGGCAUUCAACCCUACCAAGGGUGCUAUCUCGUUCUCCGAGAAAGAGCCACAGCACAUUGAACCUCAAGAGAAGGAUAAGCAAUCAUCAUACGCCGAGCUGUUGCAGAACAGUGAAGCACUGAAAGACUACCUUCGUGUUGCUUCUCUCGCCAAUCUCGCAACUGUCCACCAAACUGACUCUGGCACUUGGAAUGCUCGUGGUGACCCCACUGAGAUUGCCAUUCAGGUCUUUGCAUCCCGUUUCCAGUGGAACAGACGAGCCUCUGUGGGUGGAGACAACCCAGCCAUGAAGCUCCUCGUCGAGUUCCCAUUCGACUCCGAUGUCAAGAAGAUGAGUGUCAUCUACAAGGAUCUCCACACUGACAAGAUGUACGCCUUCACCAAGGGCGCUGUUGAGCGAGUCAUUGCAUCAUGCACGACCUACAACAACAAGAAGGGUGAUUCCGUCGAAAUAACAGAGGAGUACCGCGAUGAGGUCCUUCAGAACAUGGAGGCCCUCGCAAAGCACGGUCUUCGUGUCCUCGCCCUCGCCAGCCGCGACUACAACGAAUCCUACGUCGAAGGCAAGGAGAUCGACCGCAGCAAAGUCGAGAACGACCUCGUCUUCCGCGGCCUCGUCGGUCUCUACGAUCCACCACGCCCCGAGUCUGCUCCCUCUGUCCGCCGUUGCCACGAAGCCGGUAUCGAAGUCCACAUGCUGACUGGUGACCACCCCGGUACCGCACGAGCGAUUGCUGGCCAAGUCGGCAUUCUCCCACGCAACAUGUCAGACAUCAGCAAAGACGUCGCAGACUCUAUGGUCAUGACUGCCUCACAGUUCGACGCUCUAACUGACGACCAAAUCGAUAAUCUGCCCGUACUACCGCUCGUCAUCGCCCGCUGCGCACCAAACACCAAGGUCCGCAUGAUCGAAGCUCUCCAUCGCCGCAACAAAUUCUGCGCCAUGACUGGUGACGGCGUCAACGACAGCCCCUCCCUCAAACGCGCCGACGUCGGUAUUGCCAUGGGUCAAGCUGGAUCAGACGUUGCAAAGGACGCCUCAGACAUCAUCCUCACAGACGACAACUUCGCCAGUAUCCUCGCCGCCGUCGAAGAAGGCCGCCGCACAUUCGACAACAUCCAGCGAUUCGUCCUUCACCUGUUGGCCCAGAACAUCUCGCAAGCGUGUGUCCUGCUCAUCGGCCUCGUCUUCAAGGACGACGAGAAUCUCUCCGUCUUCCCCAUCUCUCCAAUCGAAAUUCUCUGGGUCAUCAUGAUCACUUCCGGUAUUCCAGACAUGGGUCUCGGCUUCCAAGAGAAAGCCCCAGAUGUCCUCUCGCGUCCACCGCAGAACCUCAAGCGCGGUAUCUUCACCAUCGAACUCCUAGUCGAUAUGGUCGUGUACGGUAUCUGGAUCGCCGCGCUCUGUCUGACUGCUUUCGUCCUCGUGCUCUACCCCUGGGGCGGAGGCCAGAUCGGUAUCCGCUGCAACGAAUCCAUUGGCGAUGGCUGCGGAACAAUCUUCCGCGCACGAGCAACCUGCUUCGCAUGCCUGACCUGGUUCUCGCUCUUCUUGGCGUGGGAAGUGGUCGAUAUGCGCCGGUCCUUCUUCCGCAUGACGCCCAACUCAACGCACUACUUCACCAACUGGAUGCGCGUCGUGUGGAGGAACCAAUUCCUCUUCUGGGCCAUCGUCGCCGGCUUCGCGCUCAUCUUCCCGAUCCUGUAUAUUCCAGUCAUCUCUGGACAGGUGUUUAGGCACACGGGUAUCUCAUGGGAGUGGGGUAUCGUAUUUGUUGCUAGCGCCCUCUUCUUCCUUGGUAUUGAGGCGUGGAAGUGGUGCAAGAGAGUGUACUUCAGGAGGCAGAAGGCGCAGAAGGCGCAGAAGGCCGGCCGGUCGGGAAGUGUGGAUUUGGAGGCCAAGGUGUUUGAGCGUUACCUCACGCAGUCGAGCAUGGGUGAUGAAAAGUCGAAGGCAUAG